CUAGCUAGCGGAAGUUGUUUUAUCUAAUAAUCGAAUGAGCGGUAUCAGUAAUGACACAAACAUAUUGACAGGAAGCUAACACUAGUCGGUAAUUAGAAUACAACGCAGUGUUUACAUACAGGACGGUUUACUAUCUAACACCGUUUACAAAACGCGGACGAGUCACGGAAUACGGAUUCACUGAAAAAAAUAUAGAAUAUAUAAAUACAAAAUCCGGAUAUGUGAUAUUUUCCGUGAAAAAUCAAUGGUAAAUUAAUAAACAUAAAUUCAGGUAAGAUAUUUUAGUUAUGAACUUCGGCAGUCCAAACAUUUAAUUAAAUUUUAUUAAUUUGUUGUACAUCAUCUGUAAUAUACUGAAACGCCCGUGACCAGUCCGUAAAUUAUCCAUGAUGCAUCCGUAUUAAAAUCCGUAACCGCUCCGUAUUUUGUAUCCUUUUUUAUUAUAAUUUACCUGUGAGACCAUCUGCUACUCAAUCCCUAAUUUCUACAUCAGUCUUUGGGUGAAAUCUAUAAAACUUCACCCCGUUUUGGCAAAAACAACAACUGGAUAUUAUUAGAUGUUCCACAUCUCGACUCGUGUGCCGAUUAGUGGGUAUUAGCUCGACUCCUGGCGCUUCUGCCUCAAUCACGUAGCUACCUUCGGCAGGUAACGUCACCAUGGAGACGGUCUUUGUGACGUCCGUGUCAUUGCUCCCUAAACUCGGAACAACGUUUGUAAAAUUAACCACGUGAUGCAUCAUCCGUAUGAAAUCCGUAAACAAUCCGUAAUAUACUGAAACGUCCCUGACCAAUCUGUAAAUUACCAGCAUCCGUGAUGCAUCCGUAUUAAAAUCCGCAACCACUCUGUAUUUUGUAUUUUUUUUAAUUAUAUUUCCGUAGUCGGUGACCUAUCUAUCAUCUCGCUGUAGUUGUGAUAUUGGAUGAAAAACAAUAUUUCUUGUUUAAAAUGUGGAAUCGUGGAGGCAUCCGCAGUUCAGCUCUGGAAAGGGCAAAGGCUCAACUCUCCAGACAGAGAGUUACAAACAGCAGAACACUGAUCAGGGACGAUCAGAGAAGAGAUGUGGGCAGCGCCAACUUUGGAAAAACCCUGCAAUCCAGACAGACGCUUUUCCAUAGCCAAAGUGAUCUCUCCUCAGAUGCUGAAAGUGAAAAGCAAGAUGAUUAUCCUCAUUCUGCUAAAAUAGUGCCACAUUUUACAGAGCCAGUAGAACAAUUUGGCAUGGGAUAUGGAAGUAGGUUUCUAAAGAAGUCUGCCAACAGACAGUCAUCUCCUGCUGACACAAGCAAGGUCAAAUUCAUCCCUCACCAUGGCUCACAGAGUGUGGCGCUAAGCAGACUCGCGCUGAUCGAAGACCGCAUCAGAAAUCGUACAGACAACAAGCUUGGCCAAGACACAGGUGCAGCUCUCAGGUCUCGAGUCUCUAUCCAGUCCAGCAGUGAGUUGAGUGGAGCUGAUGAGAGUAAUUUCCUUAAAAAGAAAGCAUCCACUCCUAAUGGUCAGAAGGAGUCGGAGAGGCCACGUGCAGACAUGGCUCCAGCACACUCAGUGUCCCAUAUGCAAGAAGGUAUGAGUGUGGACAGCGAUGAAGAAGACAUGCGUAGACUCCUAGGAGAAUCCUUUGAAUCCCCAGUCAAAGGCAUGAGACAGACUGAGACGAGUCCUCAGGGAGCUCUUAAGACGUGCAGAAAAAGAAGUAAAGAGGUUGUUGCAUCUACUCCAGAGCAUAAAGAAAAGCAGCCAGUUCAGUCAGCAUUCACAGCACAGCAUCGUAAGAGCCCCUCUACAUCACCACCGCCAUCUCACAAAGUCUCCUCACCCAGCAGCCCUUUCUCCCAGAGAGCUGGCCUCAUCUCCUCUCUGUCCUCAGCAACAGAUCACAAUGAGAUCACGUCCCUUGAGGAGCUUUUCCCCGUUGCUUCUAAUCAUGACGACACACAGAGUGAGACAAGUGUGCUAUCUGAUGAUUUCAAGUUAAAUGUUAUGACGCUGGACGAUUUGGCUCCUGCUACCCUCAGUGUAGCUGGAUUAUCAAAAGAAAAGUUUGACACGAGUGUCCGUGAGCUCAGUGUCCCCUCAGCUGGAGAGAUCCUGCACAAGUCUGAGGAUGAACCAGCAUCAUACGAGAGUGACUUUGAGAGCGAGGUUCAGACCGAGACAGCUCUCAGUGUGGAUGACAGCUCUGAGCAUCUCUCCAGUGGAAAUGAACAUUCCUUUGUAGCUUCUGACCCUCAGUCUCUGUCUGCUAAAUCAAACAGCGAUGAUGAUUACAUGCACUCAGAAGAACCAUCCAAAUCUGCAAGCAUCUGUGACAGUAUAUCGGUGUCAGGUUUAAGCCAUGGCAAAGGCUCUGACACCCCAUUCUACUCCAGCGAUGCUACACAUACUCACACCAGUCCACGUGUGAGACAGCUCAAGAAGGAUGUCACAGUGCAGACACGAGCAGAGAGACUCCCUUGUAUGUGGUCUUCUGAUCAGGCUGUGCUGGGCCCAUCAGUAGGAAUGUCCUACAUGGAUCCAACGCCUGUGGUGAGUCACAUGAUCAGCGCUGAAGCUGUGGAAGCAUUAACGGCGUACAGUCCUGCUGUGUUUGCUCUGAACGACAUGCUGAGGCAGCAGCUCACACUGACCCGGAGCUUCAUCCAGUCCAGCAGACAUUUACACCGGGCUAUGCUGGAGUCCUUGGGGCCUGCUGACUACAGAUACACCACACUGGAGGACACAAAGGAGUUUAUCCGCUGUAACAGGCCUCCCAGGCUGACCAUGGAGGAUGCACUGGAGGAAGUGUUGCAGGAGAUGAAGGACUAUCACUAUAUUUGAAGUGCACAUUUACAGAAUUGUAGAUGGAACAAGCUGUACAAGGAGCAGCUGUCAUUCAUGUGCUCAAUGCUUCUGUGUAAUGCAAAAUGCAUGUUAUUUUUUGAAAUCUUUACUUCUGUGAGGUAAGUUGUCUUUGGUGACAUCACCUGCUUUAAAAGCAGCAGCUAAAGUACUUCCCCAAGCCCAAAAUGUAAUCCAGCAACCAGUUCUUUUGUUUUGCACUGGCACCAAGUUGACGGACUUUGAAACUGGGACCUACUUGUUAGCAACAUUAGCCUUAUAGCUUCAGUGCAAAAUCAACUAUAUUUUUGGUAAGGAGAACUGUGUGGAUUUUUUUUUUUUUUUAAAAGGAAAAGUCCACUAAAACAUUAAAUAUGUUUAUAUUGAAAUCUUCGUGACGUGUUUAGUCAUUCUGGUGCUAAUUUGUUGGUUGAUGCAGUAUUCCUGCACGAAGCUACAUGCCAUAAAUUUAUGGUAAUUAAAUUAUGAUAAUGCUGUCACAUAAUGCUCUUCACAAGUUUUCAAGAGAAAUCCAACACAGGAGAAGUGGAGACAGCAAUCAUUGAAUCAGAGUUCGAGAAUGCAAUGCAGUUAGAUGCCACAACUACACCCAUGCAGGGCCCAUGGCCUACAACCAACUUAACUCAGCUAUUUAAAUGAUAUACAGGAUAACCAAUGAAGAAGAAAGAGAUUGGACAGACUAAAGCACUGCUGCAUUAGUGUGUUUGUUUAGGUAGAGCACAUGGGCUAAAUCUCAUCAGAGGAUGGUUCAACUGCAUUGUAAUGUAGGAAACAAAUAGUCAACAGCAUGGAAGAUUAUAUAUUCAUUUAAGGCCACACCAAUUCAAUUAGUUGGUUCUCGGAAUCACCGCUUGAAGAAAAUGCAAAAUGAAAAAAAAAUCGAAAUCAAACUCCUGCCAACAGAAAAGGUCACGUGACGUCAAACCAAUCAAAUCGCCCCGUUCACUUUCGAUAAAGACUUGUGGAAGAAACAUGCCUGUGGAGGGGAGUCCUGCAAAGCCUGUGUUUGUGAUCGUUAGGAUAUUCAGCGAACAGAAGCGUAAAAUCUUUGACAGGUGUGUUGAAAUUCUGUUUACUGGUUUGCCUGUAUUGUUUGGUCUAUUUCCACUGCUAAUUUUACCAUCAGAGCAUUUUUUAAAUUUUAUUUCGCCCGCUCGCUUCAUAUUUUUCCUGAAAAAAUCCGAGAACCAACUAAUUAAAUUGGCGUGGCCUAAAAUAUAAAAUAUGCAGCUUGUUCAGGGUGGACUUCCUUUAAUUCUUGCCUGAACUAUUUUAAGUGUUCUACUUCUAGCAGGCAAGUCAAUUAGCAAUUCCAAGAUUUAGAAAAAUAUCUGUUGUGUAAACAUACUAUGAUGAAGCUCAGAGCCGUCAGAUAAACAUGGAUAGGAAAUUGACUAUUGUUCAUUUGACCCGAUGCAAAUUAGUGGCUACUGAUCAUCAAGGGUGAGAGUUCACAAGCAUUAUAUAUGGUACUCACUAUAUACCAUUUUAUACACCAAACUGUUUAUUAGAAUGUUUUUUACAUGAAACUCCUUUGCUCAGUGUUAUUGCAAAUGAAUCAUUUAUAGUUGCCAUUUACAGAAACUGCAUCAAGGUAUGAUUAAAACAUAUCUUUAUUUCCUUGUACUAGGUAUUAAAUUUAAGCUAAAUUCAUUGAACUGCAAUGACACUGAUGUUCAAACUACAACAUGACCUUUUGAUUUGUUACAACGAAAACAACCAAAGGCCAGAUCGAUUUUCCAAACAAAAGGGUAACAAAGGAGAGGGGCUUUCAUAUACAUAUAUAAAAAAAGAAAGUGUUAUGAAGAAUCAUUCUGUAGCUGAGGCUUCCUGCGUGUCUCGACUCACUGAAAACAAAGGAGACAAAAAGGCAAGGUAAAACUUUUAAUAAA